AUGAAUACAGCAUCAUCAUCCCUUUGUUCUUCAAUUCUUCCACCACUAUCCUUUUCUCCCAGCUCCCUGCAACACCCGAAAAUGCGAUUUCGUAGAUUAAAGAGAUCCAGUGGCCAAUUUGUUGCCUGUGGAAGAGGGUCCAAUGGUUGGGAUUACAGAGGACUGCUCGUCGAUGAAAGCAUGAUCGUGCUGAGGAAGCGCAUUCAUGAGAUGAAGGUGAUGGAGCGUAACUACGAGCCUCCUGCAGAAUGGAUGGAGUUGGAGAAGCAAUAUUAUGUGUGCUAUGAUGAAUUUGUUUGUAAAUUUGUUGGGUUUCUACAAACACAGUUGAUGAAUACAAGGCCUAGUAUGGCUCUUGGGAUGCUGGUGAUCAUCACCAUUAGUGUCCCAACAUCGGCACUUGUGAUCGUGGCGCGUUUGAUCGAGGCAGCUCAUGGGGUUUUGCCAGGAUUUCAUCUUAGUUGA